AACUCUUUUUCUUUCUAUCGCUCUUUUUCAGAAAACCCCAUUUCGAAUUUCGAGGUACUAAGGUGAUUCAUAAUGUUUGGACGGGGUGCAAGGAGGAGUGACAACUCCAAGUACUAUGAGGUGCUUGGUGUUUCGAAGAAUUCCAGUCAAGAUGAACUUAAGAAGGCAUACAGAAAAUCUGCUAUAAAGAAUCACCCCGACAAGGGUGGGGACCCUGAAAAAUUCAAGGAAUUGGCUCAAGCAUAUGAAGUUCUAAGUGAUCCAGAGAAGAGAGAACUUUAUGAUCAGUAUGGUGAAGAUGCCCUUAAAGAAGGAAUGGGUGGUGGUGGUGGUGGUGGUCACAACCCAUUUGACAUAUUUGAGUCGUUCUUUGGUGGAGCUUUUGGCGGUGGUGGUAGCUUCAGAGGCAGCAGAAAGAAAAAAGGUGAAGAUGUAGUGCACACUCUAAGGGUUUCGCUGGAGGACUUGUACAAUGGCACAACAAAAAAGCUCUCUCUUUCACGGAACAUAUUGUGUCCAAAGUGUAAAGGGAAAGGUUCAAAGAGUGGAGCUUCUGGAAGAUGUUAUGGAUGUCAAGGUACUGGAAUGCGUGUUACAACAAGACAGAUAGCCCCAGGCAUGAUUCAACAGAUGCAACAUGUUUGUUCCGAGUGCCGAGGCUCAGGAGAGGUUAUAACUGAGAGGGAUAGGUGUCCUCAGUGCAAGGGAAAUAAAAUUACGCAAGAAAAGAAAGUAUUGGAAGUGAAUGUUGAGAAAGGGAUGUUACACGGUCAGAAGAUUGUUUUCAACGCGGAAGCUGAUGAAGCUCCAGAUACCAUCACUGGCAAUGUCAUUUUUGUAUUACAACAGAAGAGUCACUCAAAGUUCAGGCGCAAGUCUGAUGAUCUUUACGUGGAACACAAUCUCAGUUUGACAGAAGCUCUCUGUGGCUUUCAGUUUGUCCUGACUCAUCUUGAUGGCAGACAGCUUCAGAUCAAAUCUAGCCCUGGAGAAGUUAUAAAGCCCGAUCAAUACAAGGCAAUAAAUGAUGAAGGAAUGCCCCAUUAUGGUAGGCCAUUCAUUAAGGGUCGGCUCUAUAUUCAUUUUAAUGUGGAAUUUCCAGAAUCUGGAUUCCUUUCUCCCGAGAAAUGUUGUGCUCUUGAGGCUAUUCUGCCACCGAGACUAGGGAAACGCUCAUCUGAUAUAGAGUUGGGUAAGUGUGAGGAAACCACUAUGCAUAACGUCAACAUGGAGGAAGAAAUGAGACGCAAGGAGCAGCGUCAUCACAGGCAAGAGGCUUAUGAUACGGAUGAUGAAAUUGACGCAAAUCUGCAUAGCUUGGGUUGUAACCAACAAUAGAAGUUCCCAGAUAGUGUGGUCUUUUUAGUUGGAGUCCCCAAUUUUGUCUAAUGCUCUGUUGGCUGCUUUGGUUAGUAAUUAACUGAUUUUCUUUUUGGUUCUGCUUUUCAGUUUGUUGUGUUGAUCUCAAUGCAGGUUUU